GAAAAAUCAACUAAAAGAAAUUAAACUAGUCGACAGUUUCUAGAUCCAUCUAGAAUAUCUGAGAAAGUCUCUUUCUCUUUCCUCAAGCUCUUCUUUUUCUACCUCUGCAAUCAAAUUUAAACAUUCUUCUCACAAGCUUCUCUUGUCACUCUCUUGGUCUAUUUUUUUUUUUUUUUUGUUGUUCUCGAAUUCUCAACUCGCAUUAACCCUAACCUUAUUCAUUCUCGGAGUUUAGUGGAUUUGAGUAAUUCGGCGAGAGAGCUUUUCGUAGCCAUUGGAAAACAUGGCGGGAUACGAUUGCUUACCGAUGAAGAUGAAGAUGAAGAGGAAAGAUAUCGAGAGAGUUAACAACGAUUUCUCGGAUUUCUCACUCUCUUCUCCUGCCAGAAAGAUUCGCCGUUUGGAUUUGGAUUUGCCACCGAUUAUGGAGGAAGAUGAAAUCAAAUCGGUUCCGGUUAACGAAGAGAGAGCUAUUGUUCUUUAUAAGCCUCUCCAGCAAUAUCAUCAUCAACCUCACCUUUUUGUUGAUACUGACUUGGUUUCAGGGCUUAAGAAUAGAUUUUUGCGUGAUGCAGUGGUAACUGAUGAUCUAUGUGAUAACGAUGAUGAUGACGAAAAACACAAGCAGCAGGCGGUUGUUCGCUGGGACUCAUCCCAGUUCCAGUCCUUUGACGAAUCGCCUGCGCCAGAGAUUACUGAUUUGUUGGAUGGUGAGGAUGAGAUGAUGGAAGAAGCAGCCAUGGAUGUGGAAGAAGCAUCGCUGCCACAGCAGCAGCCGCAGCCGCAGCUCGUGGGAGGGUUGCAUCAGUGGCAGCAGCAGCAACAACUUCAUUGUAUGGUACCACAACUUCCCCAAACCAACUCUACUCCUAUCUCUUGGUACCGAUGACUUAAUAGUAGUAAACGUAGAACUAGUCUUUUUCAUUGGUACUUCUGUCACUGUAUAUCUUCUUCCUCUUUUGCUAGGCUAUCAAUGUCAGUUAUUUGUUGGAUUGAAUGUAAGAGCACAAAGUGAUGUGUCUGGUUCAAGAUUUCCUUUAAGAAAGAACCUUUCUGUUCAUUGUUUCCAAUUAAAAAACAUGAAGCAAGGGUUUGCUUGCUUUCUCCCGAAUC